UCUGAGCAGUGGACUGCGUGACAGGGACCAUAAAAUGCGUUGAAAUUGUCUCCCCUAUUACUCUUGAUUUGCGAUGCGUUCCUUAUGACUAUGAUGAAAAAGGAUUGUUAAAAGGUGGGCUGUCUUGUAAUUCUCGUUGGAGAUCCGGACUGUUUUGUCAAUGAGAAAUGUGGAGUCGCUCUAUCCAUCGGUGUUAACGCAGAAAAAUAGAAGAUGAAGAAGCAAUUCAAUAGAAUGCGACAGCUCGCCAACCAAACAGUGGGCAGAGCUGAAAAAACAGAAGUAUUAGGCGAAGACCUUCUACAAGUGGAGAAGCGGCUGGAGCUGGUCAAGCAGGUGUCCCACAGCACCCACAAGAAGCUGACCGCCUGUCUGCAGGGCCAACAGGGGGUGGAUGUGGAGAAGAGAUCUGUCAGAUCGCCCUCGAAAAAGCUACCCCUCACAACACUAGCACAAUGUCUGGUGGAGGGAGCAGCAGUGUUGGGCGACGACUCGCUACUGGGGAAGAUGCUGAAGCUGUGUGGUGAGACACAGGAGAAGAUGGCUCUGGAGCUCAUCCUGUUUGAGUUCACCAUUGAGAGAGACGUGGUGGAACCUUUAUACGAACUGGCAGAGGUGGAAAUUCCCAACAUCCAGAAACAAAGGAAACAUUUAGCAAAACUGGUUUUGGACAUGGACUCGGCACGCACAAGGUUCCACCAGUCCUCCAAGUCUGGUAUGUCCAGCAACGUGCAGCCAGGGGCCAAGGGCGAGCACCUCAGGGAAGAGAUGGAAGAGGCAGCCAAUCGAAUGGAGAUCUGUCGAGAUCAAUUAUCAGCAGACAUGUACAAUUUUGUGGCCAAAGAAAUUGACUAUGCAAGCUACUUUCAGACAUUGAUAGAGGUGCAGGCAGAGUACCACAGGAAGUCGUUAGAGCUCCUUCAGAAUAUUCUGCCUCAGAUCAAAGCCCACCAGGAGACCUGGGUGGAGAAGCCGUGCUAUGGGAAACCCUUAGAGGAGCACCUUGCCCUCAGUGGGCGGGACAUUGCCUUCCCCGUCGAAGCCUGUGUCACCAUGCUGCUGGAGUGUGGCAUGCAGGAAGAGGGCCUGUUCAGAGUAGCGCCCUCGGCCUCCAAACUGAAGAAGCUCAAGGCGUCUCUAGACUGUGGGGUGAUGGACGUGCAGGAGUACUCUGCAGACCCUCACGCCAUCGCAGGUGCUUUGAAAUCCUACCUACGGGAACUCCCUGAGCCACUGAUGACCUUUGAACUUUAUGAUGAAUGGAUCCAAGCUUCUAACAUUCAAGACCAGGACAAGAGACUCCAAGCCCUCCUCACAGCCUGCGAGAAGCUACCCCUGGCCAAUGGCAACAACUUCAAGUAUUUAAUCAAAUUCCUCGCCAAGUUAGAUGACUACCAGGAUGACAAUAAAAUGACUCCUGGGAAUAUUGCAAUAGUCUUGGGUCCCAACCUGCUGUGGACAACGCAGGAAGGGAACAUUACAGAGAUGAUGACCACUGUGUCCCUGCAGAUUGUAGGCAUCAUUGAGCCCAUCAUCCAGCACGCUGACUGGUUCUUCCCUGGAGAGAUUGAGUUUAAUGUCACAGGAAACUAUGGCAGCCCGGUCCACACCAACCACAAUGCCAACUACAGCUCCAUGCCCUCUCCGGAUAUGGACCAUUCCGAUCGCAAGCACAAUGACCAGAGCCGACGUCCGCUCAGUGUGGCCACUGACAAUAUGAUGCUAGAGUUCUAUAAGAAGGAUGGCAUGGGGGUCAGGGUGAUGGACACUUCUUGGGUGUCGCGCAGGGGCUCGUCGUCAGUGCGUAAAACCUCCUCCACACCCCCGAGUAUGCAACCCCCCCUCCCUCCCUCAGACGCUCUCAUACCUGAGCAGGGGGAAAUCUCUGCGUCCCCCUCACCAACACCUCCUCCCGCUGGCAGCGACCGUGCCAGUAUUCUGAUGAACAAAGAGCUCUCUCCAGUGAUUGGACAGAAGGGCUUCCAGGGAACAGCACCCUCUGGUGGGCCAUCACAGCCCUCUUCUGAACAUAGCCCUCACACCCUGAGAAGAGCUAAAAAGCUGGCCCCCAUUCCACCUAAGUACUACUCUCAGUCUGGGGGAAUGUCUGACCAGUCCACGGGUCAGCCCUCUCCAGUCAGCCUGUCCCCCACCCCUCCUAGUACCCCUUCCCCGUAUGGCUUUGGAUACCCUCAGGGCUACGCCACCAUCGGCUCUCCGGGACAGGCCCAGACCGCCACCCUCUCCUCCCCUCCCUCGCUAGCCGGCACCCUCACCAAGGCCAGGCCCACUCCCAAGCCUCCCAGGCAGAGGCCCAGCUUGCCCCCACCGCAGCCCCCCAGCACCCCUGGCUCCAGCCCCCAGCCCCUGGAACACAGUGGUGUCCUGCUGGAUGGAUUGUCUCCUGGGGAGAGCAUGUCCACAGACUCUUUCUGCAACCUGGAUAUCCCCAUCAUCAACGUGGAACUGGAUGGCAUCUUCGAUGAGCCUAAGAUGGUCCCCUACAGGAACUCAGUGGCGGUGGUCCAGCCUACCCCCAAGACAGAGUCAGAGGAAGAGUCUGAGAGCACGAUACUAUGACAUCACGAAUUUCCACCCCCAGCCCUACUAUUCCAGCCUGUUCCCAGGACCCGUUCUCUGACCUUUGACCCAAUGGGACUCACUCCAGACCUCACCUCCACUCAUAGAGACCAAACACCGGGUUCAGCCCUGUAAAACAAAGUUAAUCUUAUAACCUGAAAUAUAUAUGAAUACAGAAAAUACAUACAGUAUAUCCACAUCCAGAGAGUUUCUCUCUGAGACUGUGGGGGGAGGAACUUUUGAUACACAGAAUCGGACACAAUGCUUUGUUUUUAUGUUGACUGGAUUCCUUUGAUUCUGUCUGUGGUGCAUUCAAUUUUAAAAAAUUUCUUUUUCAACAAUAGUUUAUUUUUCUUUCCUUUUGGCUUAUUUGAGUCAUUUGCAAUAUUGCCUCUAACUUCACAUACAAGACAUGAAAACGAUUUGCUCGGUGGAAUGGAUUCUACUCUUGUGAGUGUAGUAGUAAAGGAAAGGGACAGUAGAUUUCUGAUUUCCUCUCCCUGUCACCAAGUCUAUAGCAUUCCUUUUGAUGCCAUCCUAAACCAUUCCUCGUACUUUGAGAUCACUGGCAACCCCUUGUUUCUUCCUGGCUGAAUGUGUGUUUGUGAAUUGUGUGAUGUGUUUGGAAAUGUGCUGCAUCAUUAAGUGGCGAGUUCUGCCAUAGAAAAUAUAUAUGGUACUGCAAGACCAGUUUGAGUUUGAAUCCCCAAUCACACUCUUCAAAGGGAGAUUAAGAUUGCAUUUGGCUGUUAGACGGGAAGUUAAAUCUGGGUAAUAUAGUAUUUACUAUUUAAAAUGACUGUUUAUACUGUACAUUUCAGAGUAUAUUAUAUUAACAGUGAUACAAGCGAUAUUAUAUGUGUCAUAUAAUAUAAGAAUACAAUCAUAGGUAUACAGAUAUAGAAUUAUAAAUACAUUAUACAGAUAUUCUAUGGUAUAGCAUGUACUUAAUUGUACAUUAUCAUAGGAUAGGCUGUAGAGGGAAUGGGACAUAGAAACAUAACAAACAGAAUAAUUCUAUAUAAAAGGAAUGGAAUGCUGAAAAGUGAGUAUGAGUGGAAUGUGCAGGGUGGGACUAUACCUCCUCUCUGCACUCAGCCUCAGCUUCUUUAACGAGCGCCCUGAGAGCCUUAUCUGGCAAGAGCCUGUCACUGGGGAGCCUGCUCAGCUGUUUGAAAGCCAAUAUUGAAAACUUUUUUGUUAAAGCAAGUGUGUAUAUGAGUCCGGUCCUGUAUGUGUGGGUGUUAUCCGGAAUAUAGAUACAUUUCUUCUGGUGCUAGAAUGUGUGUUUAUAUUCUAUCACACAGGGAAUAAGAAUAGUGUAUUCAUUGAAAAUAUAUGGCGGUUACUGUUUCAGUCCCCUAUACCCCCAUCUUUAGUAAGAGGAAUCCACCAUAUAAAGGAUUUGAUGAUGAGGAAUGUGAUACUUUGUGCUGAAAGUAUUUAUACCGAUGAUUACGGUGCAGAGGAGUAUGAUUGACAUCCACAACACAUAAUAGCAAUGUUCCAAUCUGAUGAUCCAGUGAUGAGGUUCAAAGAUGAGGGACCCGUCCAUGACCAACAAAAACCUAUGGUCUCCUUAGAAACAAAGGUGAGGGGCCCAUCCAUGACCAACACAAACCUAUGGUCUCCUUAGAAACAAAGGUGAGGGACCCGUCCAUGACCAACACAAACCUAUGGUCUCCUUAGAAACAAAGGUGAGGGGCCCGUCCAUGACCAACACAAACCUAUGGUCUCCUUAGAAACAAAGAUGAGGGACCCGUCCAUGACCAACACAAACCUAUGGUCUCCUUAGAAACAAAGGUGAGGGACCCGUCCAUGACCAACACAAACCUAUGGUCUCCUUAGAAACAAAGAUGAGGGACCCGUCCAUGACCAACACAAACCUAUGGUCUCCUUAGAAACAAAGAUGAGGGACCCGUCCAUGACCAACACAAACCUAUGGUCUCCUUAGAAACAAAGGUGAGGGGCCCGUCCAUGACCAACACAAACCUAUGGUCUCCUUAGAAACAAAGAUGAGGGACCCGUCCAUGACCAACACAAACCUAUGGUCUCCUUAGAAACAAAGGUGAGGGGCCCGUCCAUGACCAACACAAACCUAUGGUCUCCUUAGAAACAAAGGUGAGGGGCCCGUCCAUGACCAACACAAACCUAUGGUCUCCUUAGAAACAAUGGUGAGGGACCCGUCCAUGACCAACACAAACCUAUGGUCUCCUUAGAAACAAAGAUGAGGGACCCGUCCAAGACCAACACAAACCUAUGGUCUCCUUAGAAACAAAGGUGAGGGGCCCGUCCAUGACCAACACAAACCUAUGGUCUCCUUAGAAACAAAGGUGAGGGACCCGUCCAUGACCAACACAAACCUAUGGUCUCCUUAGAAACAAAGAUGAGGGGCCCGUCCAUGACCAACACAAACCUAUGGUCUCCUUAGAAACAAAGGUGAGGGGCCCGUCCAUGACCAACACAAACCUAUGGUAUCAAAUCAAAUCAAAUCACAUUUAUUUAUAUAGCCCUUCGUACAUCAGCUGAUAUCUCAAAGUGCUGUACAGAAACCCAGCCUAAAACCCCAAACAGCAAACAAUGC